CAGGAGCCGCCGCCCGAGCUUCCGCGCGCUGCGCCCGGCCGGACAGGGGCGCACGGACGCGCGGACGCCGGAACCCGGCCGGAGCAUGUGGAAGCUGGGACGCGGCCGGGUGCUUUUGGACGAGCCCCCCGAGGAGGAGGACGGCCUGCCUGGGGGGCCGACGCCCGCCGCCGACGCCGCCGCGGCGCAGGCGCAGGGAGCAAGUUUCCGAGGUUGGAAGGACGUGACCUCGCUGUUCAGCAACGAUGACGAGCAGCAGCUGCUGGGAGGAUGCAGGUCUCCCAAGGCCAGGGGAACCAGCUUACGAUUAAAAGAAGAGUUGAAGAUGGAGAAGAAAUCUGGGUUUUGGGACAAUUUGGUUUUAAAACAGAAUUUACAGCCUAAGAAGCCAGAUGAGAUUGAAGGCUGGGAGCCUCCCAAACUCGCUCUGGAAGACGUGGCGGCAGAGCCGGGCGAGGGCCUGAGCAGCCGCGCGGCCGGGCCGGGCUGGGAGGAGGGGCCCCGGGGCUCCAGCAAGUACACCAGCCUGGCCGGCCCGGGUGGCAGCUCCCGCUGGAGCCUCAAGUCGGCGGGGAAGCUGGUCGGCAUCCGGCGCCAGAGCCGCGGCCACCUGGCGGACACCUGGGAGGAGCUCGAGUGACCGCGGCCGCGCGGCCCCGAGUGCUGCCCGCCACGGUCCGCCUCAUGCUGCUGCUUUGCAUCUCCUCGCGUUCAGAUCCUUAGCGUUUGCCGUACCAGGGUGUUCUCACUAGUCUGUCCGGUUGUCAGUCUUUCCCAGAUAAAGAGAGUGGGGUCCACGCUGCCGCGUUUCCCGUUUGGACUUCAGUCUCACACGCUGGGUCAGGGAUUUCCAAGCCCCGUGACCGCUCACGGCUGCCGCCCUGGGCCUCCCCGUGAACUGA